AUGCGUCUCUCGCCUGCUUGGUACCAGUUCCUGGUUGGCGUGUUUGCCUCUCUUGGAUCAUUCCUUUACGGAUAUGAUUUGGGUGUUAUCGCCGAAGUCAUUAUUUGUCAAUCGUUUACAUCAAAAUUCGGACCAGAUGAUACCCAGAAGGGAUUAGUAGUGUCUCUCUUCACAGCCGGAGCAUGCAUCGGUGCCGGAUUCGCUGGUCCCACGGGUGAUUAUGUCGGUCGACGCAGGACCAUCUCCUUGGGAUGUCUGGUUUUCUGUCUGGGUGGUGGUCUGCAGACUGGCGCUCAAUCCAUCGCCUACUUGUACAGUGGCAGAUUCCUCGCUGGAUUCGGUGUUGGAUUCCUCACAAUGAUGAUCCCCCUGUACCAAGCCGAAAUUUGCCACCCCAGUAUCCGUGGCCGAGUCACAGCCCUGCAACAGUUCAUGUUGGGAGUUGGUGCGCUGUGUGCUACUUGGAUCGGAUACGGCACUUAUACCGGUAUUUCUCCCGAUAAUCACGCGCAGUGGCAGGUGCCUCUUGGUAUUCAGAUGGCCCCUGCGGUGUUCUUGGGUCUUUUGAUCUCUUUCUUCCCUGAGUCGCCCCGUUGGUUGAUCGAUAACAACCGCGCCGAGGAGGGUCUGCGUACAUUGGCGAAGCUGCAUGCUCACGGCAAUGAGAACGACGCCUGGGUGCAGGCAGAAUUCGCCCAAAUCCAAGAAACCAUCACAUUCGAACAUGAGCACGAGGCCAAGUCGUAUAUCGAGCUAUUCACCAAUCGCUCCUCUUUCCGUCGGCUCUUCCUCUGCUGUGCUCUGCAGGCUUCUGUGCAGAUGACUGGUGUAUCGGCAAUUCAAUACUACUCAGUCGAUAUCUACGGCCAAAUCGGCAUCUCCAGCGAAGACACCCUCAAGUACCAAGCGAUCAACUCAAUCAUUGCGCUCGUAGCGCAGUUCCUCUGCAUGAUGUUCAUCGACCGCUUCGGUCGUCGCUGGACCCUGAUCUCCGGAAACCUGGGCAACAUGGUAACCUUCAUCGUGGCAACGAUCCUGCUCGCCAAGUUCCCCCCAGGCAACAAUAACACCGGCGCCCACUGGGGGUUCAUCAUCAUGACCUGGCUAUACAAUUUCUCUUUCUCGGCAACGUGCGGACCUCUCUCGUGGAUUAUUCCGGCGGAGGUGUUCGACACCCGCACGCGUUCCAAGGGUGUUUCCAUCGCAACUAUGCUUUCGUUCGCUUUUAACACGAUGAUUGGCCAGGUCACGCCUAUUGCCAUGACAAACAUUGGGUAUCGGUACUAUUAUGUCUUCGUUAUUUGCAACUUUACCAAUGCAGUCUUCUUUUGGCUGUUGUUGCCGGAGACUAAGCAGGUGCCGCUUGAGGAGAUGAACCAGAUGUUCACUAAUGCUCCUUGGAUCGUGCCGGGCACCCGCAGGGAAGAGUAUAUGAGUCAUGAUCUGGAGAGGAAGGUUGAGGCGCAGGAGGUUAAGCAUGAUGCUAUGCAUGUUGAGUAG